UUCCCCUCCUCUCUCCGUCGGUUAUUGUGAAGAGAUUGAACGAUGAGAUCGCUCGCGCUCGCUGUCAUCAGUGCCGCCCUAUAGAGACCCCCAGCCCCGAGGCUCGAACACAACGACCCCACCCCCGCUCCAAGAGGGACGGAGAAAAAUUUGCCCUCAAUCCGGGCCUCAUGCUGUAGCAGACUGAACGAGCGAGCGAGAGAGACAAACACACAUAUUGAGUCGGCGAGGGACAGGGCGGAAUAGAGGAGAAGGGAUUGUUCAUUCGGCUCUAGACAUGGGAUGUACACUCAGCGCUGAGGAGCGCGCUGCUCUGGACAGGAGCAAAGCCAUCGAAAAAAACCUGAAGGAUGAUGGAGUCACUGCCGCAAAGGAAGUGAAAUUGCUACUGCUUGGGGGAGGAGAAUCGGGCAAAAGCACCAUCGUCAAACAAAUGAAGAUUAUCCAUGAGGAUGGCUUUUCUGGGGAUGAUGUGAAGCAGUAUAAGCCUGUGGUCUACAGCAACACCAUCCAGAGUUUGGCUGCCGUCCUCCGAGCUAUGGACUCUCUGGGCAUCGAGUACGCAGACAAGGACAGAAAGGCGGAUGCUAAGCUGGUGUGUGAUGUGGUCACUCGUAUGGAGGACACAGAGCCCUACUCAGCAGAGCUGCUGACAGCUAUGAAGCGUCUGUGGGCCGAUGCCGGGACCCAGGAGUGUUUCAACAGGGCCAGGGAGUACCAGCUCAAUGACUCCGCUGCCUACUACCUGGACAGUUUAGACCGUAUUGGUGCUGCUGACUACCAGCCCACCGAGCAGGACAUCCUGAGAACCCGAGUCAAGACCACUGGGAUCGUGGAGACCCAUUUCACCUUCAAAAACCUGCACUUUAGGCUGUUUGAUGUUGGAGGUCAGAGGUCAGAGAGAAAGAAGUGGAUCCACUGCUUUGAGGAUGUGACGGCCAUUAUCUUCUGUGUGGCAUUAAGUGGCUAUGAUCAGGUUCUGCAUGAGGAUGAAACAACUAAUCGCAUGCACGAGUCCCUCAUGCUCUUCGACUCUAUCUGUAACAACAAGUUCUUCAUCGACACCUCCAUCAUCCUCUUCCUCAACAAGAAGGAUCUGUUCGAGGAGAAGAUUAAGAAGUCACCACUGAGUAUUUGUUUCCCUGAAUAUACAGGUGCUAACACUUAUGAUGAUGCUACCGCAUACAUUCAGGUGCAAUUUGAGAGUAAGAGCCGUUCGCCCAACAAGGAGAUCUACUGUCACCUGACCUGUGCCACUGACACAGGAAACAUCCAGGUAGUGUUUGACGCAGUCACUGACAUCAUCAUCGCCAACAACCUGAGGGGGUGUGGCUUAUACUGAGGCCUAGCCCUGCACAGAGGUUGCAUUGGAGGGUGUGAGGUGGUUAAUAAUAAUAAUAAUUUUGAUGAUAUUAAAAGGCAUAAUUAUGUAAAUCUACACGUCCAAAGGGACCCAAAGAGCUGCCGCCAUUCACCACGACGGAUUCUUUGCCAUGUUCUGUUCCUCUAUUCCUUUUUUAAAUUUCAAAAUCCCACCACCCCUCUUUUGUUUAUUUGUUAUCAACAUGUGUUUCCUAUUGAAUGUCUUUCAUGUUUUGUUGAUUGUGUGAACAACUGUAAGAUGUAAAUCAGAAAAGGGGAGGUCCAAGGGGUAUAUUCUGUUUUCGUGCCAUGUUUCGCAACAAAUUAGAUAGAAAUGUUAUGCAUAGAGAGGAGAAGGUCCUCUUUUCCUUGUGAUAGAGAUUUGUGUCAGUUCUAUACAUUACAUCUCUAUCUGCAACAUCCAGAACAUUGAGCCACGAUGAAUGUACCCCUUGGUGCUCCGUUUGCAGAGGUGAUGUUGUGCUCUAGGUGAUGAUGUAAUAGAGGAGGUACUGGUGGCUGGGGCGCGUAGUGGGGGUUCUGUACAGCGUUGGAUAGAACCCCCCUCUCUGUUGGACUCACACUGGGCUGCUCUACAUGAGCUCCUUCUGCUUGUGUGGCAGGCUCUGCCAUUGGCCUCCUGCAGUGUGAUGAAAUGCCUGUCAGCCAAUGAUAUAUCUGUGUCGGGAAAGUGUGAUAUCAGUGCCAACCUUCUGAGCAUGACAGAUAGGGGAAUAGAAUUAGAGAUCAUUGAUCACUUUCACACUAUCUUUACAAUAUAAUGCAAUUGAAGGGACACAAACGCUUUAUUAUCAUCAAAUUAUCUAUGGAUUUUAUUUCAACCUCAUGCCCUCCUACCUCCUAGAAUCCCGUGCCACAUAUUUAUUUCCUGUCCUGUCAGACCGGUGAAACACCACUUCCUGUCUCAGUCUCAGAGGGUCUAGAGCUGCUCUGAUGGACCGUCUCAAAUGUCACCUCCCAUGUAGUGUACUACUUCUUCAAAAGUAGUACAUAAUAUGGGGAAUAGGUUAUAAUUUUAGACUUGCACACUCAAGUCCACUGGUCAGUGAUGUAUCAUAUGGUUGUCUCCUGGUCUCCUCUCACUUAUCACUUAUCACUGAGAUGAAAGGACUGGACAGGUUUCCACCGUGUUGUUUUCACUCACUAGUCCUUACAGAUUUGUAGUUUUAGGAGAGGACAGCCACAGACCACUGACCAGUCUCUGCUUGUUCAAAAGGGUCUUCCUAGGUGCUCUUUAUGUAAUAAAACAUGAAUAUGUGAAUGCUGAAUUAUUUGGAAGUUGAGGUAAUUUGUAGAUUAGAUAAGCCACACAGUGCUUAGCUCAGGAUGACCCUUGUGAGCAAGCAUGCUGAAUUCCAAAUCCAUCCAUACUACCCCCUCUAGGAAUUCCUGUAGAUUUGAAAGAAUUUGAUUGGUUUAACCUUUUCAUGUCCAUAACAGAAAUGUAUAAUAUUCUACAGUACACAUAUUCUCUGAGUUUACUGAUGGACAAAUCGGCCAAAGCGUUUAAACAAUACCUAAAGAAAUCCACACACACACACCCCUAGAGUGCAUGCAGUAUAAGCCCAUCAAAUGCAAGUCAAUAGAGACUGGAGAGUGAGUGAUUUUACAGCAUUGUCCCUCUUUCUCAGAUCUUAAACAUGUUCACAUCUUAAUCAUUUUUGCUAUAUAGAUUGUCUGGACCAAUAUAUAAAUAUAAAAACAAUAUCUAAAGAAUUCCACACCCUCUCUAUCGCACAACAAAUUCAUUUUAUGAGAUUUUUUAUCUGAUUCUCAGAACAUGUUCAAAUUUUAAUAAUUGUUUCGACCAAUAUAAUAUAAAAGCAAUAUCUAAAGAAAUCCACAUACACUCCUAGAGUAUAUUAUACAGCAUAAGCAAAUCCAAUGUAAGUCAAUGGCGAGUGAGGCCUGCUACAGCAUUUGCCCUCUUUCUCUCUCUCUUUCUCUCCCUCUCUCACAAGCACAUGCGUGUGUAGACACACCACAGACAUCAAUGCACACCAGUUGUAAAAUGUUUCUCUCUGCAGUCUCCAUUGGAUUUGGAAAUACUGCAAGUACUCUAGAGGUGUAUGUUUGAGAGAGGGAGGGGAUUUCUUUCAAUAUUGUUUUCAUAUUUAUAUUGGUCUGGACAAUCUAUAUACCAAAAGUGAUUAAGAUCUGAUCAUUUGAACAUGUAUUCACAUGACAUGAUUCGUGUAAUGUGUAAAAUACAGUAACCCCAUGUGUCCAAAGUCUAAAUAUAGUACGACAGAAACGACUGUAGUUCACAAACAACAAUGAGUUGAAUCAUCUAUUUGGCAUAUUUGGGCUUUAACAGGUCACAGAACAACACUUUAUGCUUUUAAACUAUAUCAUUCUAAAUUGUAUUUCAAAAUACAUAUGCUAAAGUCAUUUUAAUGAUUUUUAUUGUCUCAAAAUCCCAACUUUGGAGGUAUGAUAGAUAAUGCCAAUCUUAAAACGUCAAUUCGGCAUAUCUAGACACUUGUACUAUGUUAUCACCAAAUGUAAUGCAUUUACACCAAAGAGAAUUUGUUCAGUGCCACAUUUGUUAAUAUGGACAUGAAUGGGUUAGGUAAUAUGGUAAUUGCGUCACCUUCUCUUCUGAUAGAGUGGGUGGUAUUUUUGCCACAUUGCUUGUAUAUAUAUAUAUAUAAACACACACACACAAUCGAUUUUAGAUCUACAGACAUGUCCAAGCGGCAGGGGCUGGGGUAGAGUUGGAAUUCAGCAGCAGUCUCUCAGUGGGGAGUUUGGGUUAACCCUAACCCCUACCCCCUGACCUCUUAACCCUGAGCAGGCCACAGUCAAACCCCGGCUGUCACGUUCUCUAUUUUCACAGAGGAAAAGUACUGCUCUCCACUCAUUCACCUGUGCACCUGAAGAUGCAUCCUAUCCCUCUAUACUCCCUCUAUCACGUGUCGUUCCUCAUUUCUCUCAAUCCCCCUUUCCAUUUUCACCUUAAACACCGUACUGUAUAUAUAUGAUUAUACCAGAUUUCUUUUUUUUACUGUGAAUGCUUUUGUUCUGCACCCCUUCCUCCUCCGUAGAUUAUUGGUUGCUCUCUCAUGUGGAAUGUUUGUGCUGAGCCAAUCGAAUGUUGUGUUUACAUUAAAGCCACACUUUUCCUAACUAUU